AUGCCAGUGUAUCAAUUGUCGGAUUCGGAUUUUGAAAAGAUGGGUUGGACUGGAUAUCUCACUACUAGUGAGACUGGAAAGUAUGCGCAUGACAAUUCCGAGAAAUCCCAGCAGAACAUGAUACAUCAGAAUUUUGAUAUGUCGGAGCUUGGGACUCGAAUGAAUGAUACCAGAUCAUACAGCUACAAUCACUUCGGCAAUGCCCACGCCUCGACCGAGCCCAAGCCCAGCGAUAGAAGCAUUUUCCUUCAACCUCCCUUGACCUAUUGGAAUCCGAUCAAGCAUGAUCCCUUUGUCUCCAGUGCACCGGAUUUGGAAAAACACGAAGUGCCAUUUGUUUGCCACAAACAACUUGAGAAGCAAAUUCCAAGUGCACUUAAAUGCCGCUGGGAAGGAUGUACCUACAAGGGAACUUUUACCAAGGAGGCUUCCCUGGUGCGCCAUGUCAAGGCGACCCACAUCUCCCCUGAGAUGUAUCAAUGUCUCCCGUGCAAGAAGACCUUUGGUAGAAAGGAUCGAUUCAGCGCUCAUAUGCGUCUUGUACACCCAGAUAUGUGCGCUGCAAAUGGCAAGCGCUGCCAUCAUUGUCAUCAUGACGCCUGA